CACGGCGCCUCGGACGCUGACCCCUCGGCGCAGGGUCGCGGCGCUGGCCCGCGUGGCCGCGGCGCCUGCAGCGACCGCACCACCAGUUGGCAUCAUCACUUGGUGCAGAGGAGCCUCGUGCUCUUCUCUGUCGGGGUCGUCCUGGCCCUGGUGCUCAACCUGCUGCAGAUCCAGAGGAAUGUCACCCUAUUCCCUGAGGAGGUGAUCGCCACCAUCUUUUCUUCAGCCUGGUGGGUCCCGCCCUGUUGCGGGACAGCUGCUGCUGUUGUCGGCCUGCUGUACCCCUGUAUCGACAGUCACCUGGGAGAGCCCCACAAAUUCAAGAGGGAGUGGGCCAGCGUCAUGCGCUGUAUAGCAGUGUUCGUGGGCAUCAACCACGCCAGCGCUAAAUUGGAUUUUGCCAAUAAUGUCCAGCUUUCCUUGACCUUGGCAGCCCUGUCCCUGGGCCUUUGGUGGACCUUCGACCGUUCAAGAAGUGGCCUUGGGCUCGGGAUCACCAUAGCGUUUCUGGCUACUCUGAUCACGCAGUUUCUCGUGUACAAUGGUGUCUAUCAGUACACAUCCCCAGAUUUCCUCUAUAUCCGUUCCUGGCUCCCGUGUAUCUUCUUCUCAGGAGGCGUCACCGUGGGCAACAUAGGGCGCCAGUUAGCGAUGGGUGUUCCAGAAAAGCAGCAUAGUGACUGAGUCCUCAGACCCCCGACUGGAAGAGUAAACGAGAUCUGGGGAGAGAAUCUGUGGUCCCGGAUUGUAACAAAGAUGACCGCUUUCCUGAGUAAUCUGUAGAUCGGGCUGACUGCCAAGGACUCCGGGGAGAGACGCUCACCAGUCUAGCAUAGCGGGGCGGAGAAAACAGCUACUUACCGUGCCCGGCUGCGCACACCUGUCUGUGCUCUGGAACAUCCUGCCCGGCUCUGGGCGUUCAGGCAGGUGGCAGUUCCCAAGUAUUAGAUUUCUCUCAUGUGAUUAAAAACCAGUUGCCAUAUUUCAAAGGCGUGAACUAAAACUUCAUCACCAACUCCCAAUUUUGUGUCAGUGUCCUAAGGAGACGAGUUGAUGGUACUUACAGAGGCACAGUGUGGAGUAGGAGCAGUGGCAGCCGGGGCACAUGGAGAUGGGUCGUGUGGAGAAAGCGGAGAGCCAGGCGACCGGGCGCCAGGGCAGUGCAGCAGCGCUCCGCCGUGCCUGCUCGGCGCUGCAGUGCACGCUCACGUGUUGCACACACACACGUGUCACCGCUGGUAGACGAUGCCUCUCUCCCCGCCCACAGGAGCCUGUAUAGACAAUCUACUGAGUGCAAAAGGCAAUGGAAGGUCACUUCCACACUGUGAAGCUGGGAUUCUCACCUCCGUCGAUGAAGUUUUAUCCAAAAUCCAUGACUCUCUAAGUGAAUUCCUGUCUGACCCGCAUUUCAUUCUUAGCCAAAAUGGUGUGUUUCUUUGUUACUCCGGAAGAGCAAUGACUGUUUUUCCCACAGCCCACGAAAUUUGCAAUCUGUGAUUGCUGUGUAAGAGGAGUGUGCGUGUCACUGCAUUCAACACGCAGCGGCCCCAGACAGACGCCACCGCAGAGAGCACGGUGUCCUCGUUGAGUGGCAUAGACUGCGGGCAGCCUGGUCCGCCAGCGUCGGGUCCUGAACUUCAAGUGCAAUGUGUGUGGAGACCGAUCUGAGCCUUGUAUUCUCUUCACUAUUUAUUUUUUUUAAUGUACGGGAUGUUCAAGAGAGGGAUUCUCCAUUCAUUUCAGUGCUGCAUGGAGGCAAAACUCAGCAAUAAUUUCUUUCAGUUGUAAAGUUCCUUCAUUGUUGUACCCGCCACUGAGCCCUAGUCUUUGAAAUACUCCAGUUUUAUGGGUUUAGUGCUUUUUACUUACAAAUUUACCUUUUUGUAUUUUGCAGUUUAAAUGUUUUGGUUUGUUUUAAAUUCUGUGAACAUGACUUGACUGAAAGCCUCCUGGGAAUGGAAGCCAGCGGUCUGCAGAGUAGGCCUGAGACUGGGGUGCGGGAGUGUCGGCGUGUGGACCGGGCUUCGUCCUCGUGCUGGCCCUCGGGGUUUUCUGGUUUGGUUUUGAGGAAACUGUCUUGGAAUGUUUUAGGUUACUGAAGCUAAUUGGUUUUAGAGGAAUUUUGUUAAACAGAAAAUGGGGUCAUUCUGAACUUUGGAUUGAUCCCUCGUAAUUUUUCUGAAAAUGAAAACAUUAGUUCUGUGAAAACUUUUUUUCAAUGAAGAUGUCGGCAUUUUAUGAAAAACCAGAAGUUAUUAGAUGAAAGCAGUAAGUGAAUCUUUAAAAUCUACUUGAUCAUGCACAAAAAAUAAGUAUUUUUUCUCUUAAGCUGGAAGUAAAUCUAUAUCUGUUAGAAAUGAUGUAGCCAAAAUGAUGCAAACCUAAAGGAUUUUUUGCCAAUAGUUUAUAGCAAAUAUAAGAACCAAAGUGAUUUGAGUUUGUAAAAAUGUAAAAAAUGUAAAAUAGUAUAAACAAAAUUUGCACUAUACCAGAUUUGAACACCUAGUGAGAUUCACAUUCAUACUGAGUUUUCAACCUUGUGGGGUUUUUUGCAUUUAUUUUUUACUUUUAUUAAAGGUUCAAAACCAA